AUGAUUAAACAUUUAAACAAAAUCUAAUCCAAUUCUUUAAACAAAUAAUUCUGCUUUAAUUUUUCUGCUACAAAUACUCCCUACGAUGUAAUAGUAAUAGGAGGAGGCCCAGGAGGAUAUGUUGCUGCAAUAAAAGCUGCACAAUUAGGUUUGAAAACUGCAUGUAUAGAAAAAAGAGGAGCUUUAGGAGGCACUUGUUUGAAUGUCGGUUGUAUUCCCUCAAAAGCUCUCCUUAACAUAUCUUAAAAAUACUUUGAUUCAAUCCACAAAUUUGCCGACUUCGGUAUUGAAGCUAAAGGUGUAAAAGUAAACUGGGGAAAAGUACAAUAAAAGAAGGACAGUAUAGUAACUGGUUUAACAGGUGGAAUCGAAUAUUUAUUCAAGAAAAAUAAAGUAGAUUACAUAAAAGGUUAUGGAAAACUUCUUGAUAAGAAUACUAUAAAUGUUGAUUUAGUAAAUAAUUAAGGGUAAUAAAAAUUAUCCUCUAAAAACAUCAUCAUAGCUACAGGAUCAGAACCUACUCCUUUUCCCGGUUUAGAAUUUGACGAAAAAACAAUUGUUUCUUCUACAGGAGCACUUUCACUUCCUGUAAUUCCCGAAAAACUUAUAGUCAUUGGGGCUGGUGUUAUUGGAUUAGAAAUGGGUUCUGUAUAUUAAAGAUUAGGGACUAAAGUGACCGUAAUUGAGUAUGCAGAUUAAAUAUGUCCUUUCUUAGAUAAUGAAAUCGCUAAAGCUUUCCAUAAAACCUUAACUAAAUAUGGAUUGGAAAUUCUUACAGGACAUAAAGUCACAGGAGGCUAAAAUAAAGGAACCAAUGGAAUUGUCAAUGUCGAACCAGUAAAAGGAGGAGAAUCUAAAAGUUUGUCUGCUAACCAUAUUUUAGUAGCUACUGGAAGAAAACCAUUUGUAAAAGGUUUAAAUGCACAAGAAAUCGGUAUUGAAUUUGAUAAUAAGGGAAGAAUAGUCACAAAUAAUUUACUUUAGACUAAUAUUCCUAAUAUUUAUGCAAUUGGAGAUGUUGUUGCAGGACCUAUGUUAGCCCAUAAAGGAGAAGAAGAAGGAAUUGCGGCAGUUGAGAAUAUAGCAGGAAAAGGAGGACAUGUUGAUUAUGAUGCAAUUCCUAAUGUUAUUUAUACUCACCCUGAAAUUGCUUGGGUAGGAAAAAAUGAAUAGGAACUUAUUAAAUCUGGUAUCAAGUUUAAUAAAGGAGUUUUCCCUAUGACAGCUAAUUCAAGAGCAAAGGCUAAUAAUGAUUUUGAUGGAUUAAUUAAGGUUUUGACAGAAAUAAAUACAGAUAAAAUACUUGGAGUACAUAUUAUGGGAGAUUAGGCUGGUGAGUUGAUUUCAGAAGCUGUUUUAGGAAUUUCUUAUGGGGCAUCAGCUGAGGAUAUUGGAAAAACUUGCCAUGCACAUCCUACUUUAUCAGAAGCUUUAAAAGAAGCCUGUAUGGGAGCUUAUGAUAAACCUAUUCAUAUGUGAUGAAAUAUUUUUAAUUGAUUUUUAUUUUUACAGAAAUUUAAUUUUUAUAUAUAUAUAUAUUUUUAUUUUUUUUAAAUAUUUAUAGUCCGCUAAUAAAAUAAAUUUAAUAAG